AACCUGUAUUACAUUACAGAAAACCGGAAGUGCCGUCUCCAGGAAGUGUUCAAAUUGUUUCUGACGUUUAUACAACAACGCCUACAACUACAACAACAGUUAAAAACAAAGAAGUGCUCGAGGCAAAGUCGGAAAGUGGCAAAUGUAAACGAUUUCAAUUUGAAUGUCGCUCAAAUAGCGAAUGUAUAGCAAUAUACAACGCUUGCGAUGGUAUCCCACAAUGUUCCGAUGGCAGUGACGAAGCUCCAGAACUGGGUUGUCCACAAGAAAUUCCAACUACUCUACCACCAUCAACCAACAUUAAUAAUCGACAAGUUAUUAAUGUUCAAACAACGAAAGUAGAUGAAAUUGAACGUUCUAGACCAAGUCUCGUAGCAAAUCCGCCUCCAAAUCAAGAACAAUAUCACUCAUUUAUUCCUCGACAAAAUAUCCCCGUAAUUCAAUCACAAGAAGAAUUCGUUCGAUCUUCAAUUAACGAUCAAAGAAACGGCCAAAUUGUUUCCAAAGUCCAAUUAGAUUCAGCUCAGAUGCCUCAAUUUCCACAAUACGUACCUCCUCAAUCAUCGUCGAAUUGGAUACAACAUCAAUCAGCACAAAUAAUUCCUCAACCACCACAAUAUGGAGAUAAAAACAGUCACAUCUUCAACCAUAAAGCUAACGGUUUGCAGGUUCCCGAAGGAUUGGAGACCAGGUAUAGCAAAUACAAGGGGGCGAUGCAAAGUCUGCAUCGGGCUCUUGGAUACAAUUUUAAUAGCGGUCCAAUCCAACAACAAUACGGCGAAAUUAACACACAUGAUUAUCCUAAAUAUUACGGAGACGCUUAUAGACAACCAAUUCAGCAAGUUCUAGAUAAUUGGCCUCAAAGUCCUCCUGCUGGUAUAAGUUACAGAACAGGACCGUUUCCCCCGCAAUUAAAUCCUCCACAAAUUGCAAUACCACAAAAAACUCCACAGGAAUCGCCCAUACAAAAUUGGGAUGCAGAGGAGGAAAAAAAUCCUCAACAUGUUCAAGAUAAAAUGGCUCACGAACUUAAACAACACUCAAAAGAGCAAAGUAAAACAAUAGUUAGAAAAGAUAACGAACAAAAAGUGGCGAUAAGCGGAAAUCAUGAAAGGAGUACUAGCAAAUUUGUUGUUGCUGAUGUUAUAGCUGAACGAUUGGAAAUGAAAGAUGGAUUGGCGGAAGCGCCUGGUGGUGCAAUUUUAUCUUUAACAUUAGGAUUAAUUAUCACUUGUUUAAUGGCAAUAUUAAUUGGUUGUCGAUUAAGAGUUGUUCGACGACGAAUGCGUAGAGGUGGAAAAUCCUAUGCUCAUGAUGCUGAUUAUUUGGUGAACGGAAUGUAUCUUUAAUUUUAUUAAUUAAAAAUCUGGAUAAAGAAAUUUGAAUGUGUUCGAAACAAAAUCGACGUCUUUCGGAAGUUAAAAACAAAACGAAUAAUGUAGAGCUGAAAAUAAAUGAAAGAAAACGUGCCUGAGAAAAACUCCAAGGUUUCAGUCGCGUGAUGUAGAAAAAUCUUGUUGUAUAAUUUGUAAAUAUCCCUUCAUUUUCGAAGAAAAAACCGAUUGAAAAGCGUGACACGAAAAUAAAAAAAUCAAAUUUCAAGCUCGGUUCAAGAUGUUUUAGAUUUAAGACGUUAAGAUUUACAACAAACUGUUGUUCGAUGUGUUUAGACUUAAGAUUAAUACGUUUUAAAUUUUUAUAUAAACAAUAAAUGUCAUUUUCGCUAAUUACUAAUGGUCCAGUUUUACCAAUUUUCUAAUAACACAUAGAACAUUAGUAAUAAUGGCCCUAAAAUAAUAGCUUAACUACUUACAAUUUGUAUUUUUUUAUUUAAUUAUUUCAUUAAAGUGUACAAUAAAUUAAAUAGUUGUUAAACAAAAGGAUUUCUUUGUUGCUAAAUAAUAAAUAAAAGAAACAAUUAAAUCAGUAA